AAGAUGUUGUUGUGGAAAGUUUGUGCUGCGUUCGCCCUACUCGCGACGGCGGCAUACGCAGAGUUACUCGAAGUGGAAUUUCCCAGCGGCGAGAUGUUUUAUCCAGUGGGAGACCCGGCCAGUCUGGGCGCUGAGUUGCAGGACCCAAAGAACACCGGCAGCGAACUGUACGACUCGCAGGGAAUCGAAAAUGUCCCACUGUCUCUGAACUUCGAGGUGAGCGAGUUCAAAUCUCCGACGAACCGGUACUUCCGGGCGCACCCAGCCCUCAUGGACUGUCUGCAGAGAACCUACAACGUCAUGCGCAGGGACGAUGAAACGGUGGAGAUCGCGGAAGGAUACCGGACGUCAGCAGACAGUCCCUCUGACGCGUACCUGCAGUCCGGAGCUGCGGCGGUCAUACAGCUCAAUCAGGAGGAGGGAGGGGCCAAGACCAUGCAGGACCUGGCCGCCGUCGUCAUAGAGAUCUGUGUCCCCAUCUUCCAGGAGGUUUAUGGCGACAUCGGGCUGGUUCUAUACAGUGACAAGCUGCAUGUCCGGCUGCAGGGCGCGGUUGACACCGGGCCGCACUUUUCUGCAGAUUCCGGAGCCUCCAUGGACACGGCAGCGUUCGAAGCCUGGGCACUGGGACAGAUUGAUGAGGCUUACGAGCCGAUCGCCACGCCUGAGUGUGAGAUAGAUGAGGAUGAAGAAGAAGUCCCGACCCUGGCGAGCGGAGGAAGCUGGCCCGCCGGAGAAACCGUGGAGAGCGCAUGCGGGACCAUCGACUACCCCGUCACCAGGAACAAAGUGGAGGACUUCAAACGGCUUGUCCAGUAUCCGGCCAACAACAUCGUCUUCGAGAACGAGGAGCGUUCGGGUGCAUGGUGCGGCUCGGCCGAAAGGGGGCGCUGCGUGGACUGUUCCACUGGGAUCCUGGGGUCCGGCCUAGACGACAGGUGCGCUGAUCGUGUGAUGACCAAGAGCAUGCUGGACCUGCUCAGGAAAGUGCAGAAGAUGGUGAAGGACGAGUUCACAGGAGUUAAGCUGAAAGUCCUGGAGGCGUGGGACGAGCCGCACGCGGGCGCGACAGAAGGAGACCAGCCGGCGGAGUCUCUGCACUUCGAGGGCCGGGCGGCCAAACUCACCCUAACCGACGGGGACACUUCGAAACUCCCCCAGCUGGCGAAAAAUGCUAUCUGCGCUGGAGCCAACUUCGUAGAACACAAGGGGGAUCACAUCUUCGUCGCAGUGCGGAAGCAGCUAGGCUUCACCCCGACUUUCGUGGACUUCCCGGAGAACACUCUCAUCUCAGUGAGGGCCCCUGCCGAGUUAGAGAUGAACUACACUCUGCCAGAUGAGGACUUGAGCAACAACAACAACGCCACAAUGCCCAUGUUACUGUUCGAUAGCGACGGCAAGUGGGGUAUGAACGUCGGCGCUAACGUGACAGUCGAUGACUUUAAGGACCCGGACGCCCGGUACUUCAGGCUGAACCCCGUACUGGUGGAGUGUUAUGAGGCACUGGCCUUACGCGAGAACAAGUGGAAGAAGCAUGACGAGGUCUACCGGAACAUCAAAAUCUUGGAAGGCUACCUGACGACUGAACACCAGGACGACCGCUUUAACAUGUCGGACCCUCGCUACGACCGGCACAACCUGGGCUGGGCCAUGCGCGUCGGUUACUAUGGCGACCAGGUCGAUGACCCCGAGGUGUACACGCCGCUACGUCUCGCGAAGUUUGCCGUGAUCAAGUGCGGACCGCUGUUCGCGGACAACAGGAAGAGCAUCGGUGUCGGGAUGUACAACAGGUCCGUGUUUGUGGACAUCCGGGACGACGCGAAGUUCUGGGUGGACGAGCCUGACGUACUUCCGGUGAACGUGACGGCCUGGGACUGGGCGGACGAGAUGGCCAUGCUGCUGGAGUACGCCAUCGAGGGCCGUAUAAUCGAGCCGGACAGCCUGGAACGCGCCUGUCUGUUCUCGGACCCCACCAAGCCCCAGUCCGUGGAUUUCCAGCACAAACACUCCGAGGCGGUGCAGCGACGUCGGCGGCGCCGAAGGCAGGAACCAGCCGGGGAAGAGGAGUGUAUCCCGACGUCAGACACCGAGUUCUGCGCCGAGACCGCGCCGCACAGGGAAACCGAGAUUGCCCAUAUCUGGCAAGCGGUGAAGAAGAAGCACCUGUACCGAGCCGAGGCUGACGUCAAGGCGGCGCUGGAGGGUUGCUUUGGCGCCUGUGGAACCUGUCUGGAAGGCGAAAUCUGGGAGGAGAAGACCCUCCACUGUAACAACUUCUUGCACUGGGUCAACUUCGACUUCCUGAACUCCGAACCUGACAUCACCAACUUCUGGGCACGCGACAACACGGACCUCAAGGUGCACGCGUGCCGCGGCCACUGCAUCGUCAAGGCGCCCAUCUUCUCUCUACUGGCUCCGUCUACUGAGGAACUGUACCGUCCGGACCCGACCAAGAGCCCACAGGAACAGAUCUACUCCAUGGCGAACAACCCUCUGCCCGUGAUGGACCUGAUGCAGGCUAUCUACGGCAUGCACGCCAACGGACGGGUCGAGUUUUACGUGGAAGAUGAGGCUGAGAUGCAGUCCCUCCGGGCUUCGCUGAAGUCUGUGCUGGUGUUUAACAAGAACGUGACGGAGGUGAUCGUGAACGCCGUGAACUUUGAAGACGUGGAGGCCAUCGUGCAGAACCUGGUGUUCGAGUGGACCAAGUCGUCAUGUCCUGACGACACUCGGGAAUUCAUCACACCUUUCUCUGUGGUAGCCAUGCCGGCAGGAGUCUCCAAGCGGAGCCCCGAGCACGAAGUGCGGGAAAUGAUGCUGGAGCGGCACCGCAACUGGGAACACGACUGGAUCAGCAGGAGCUUCGGGUAGUGCCCUGGGCACGAGAUGGGCCUAACUAGUGCCCUGGGAACGAGAUCGGCCUCUGCACCAACAGAAAUGCGCGACCACGACAAAACAAAAGUACAUGAUAUGGGCUAAUACCCCUAAAAAACAAUCAAAACUAGACAACAGUAACAAUAUUAAAUAGAGUCUGCAAAAUGACAACAGUUGAAAAUUUUAUUAGACUAAAAAUGACAAAACAAAUGGUUCAGCAAAAUUGUAUACUUCUGUUUAAGAAAGAUUUACAUGAGGUCUAGUCAUGCAGUACUUGCGACAGUCGCUAGACACAUUUUGGUGAAGACUUAAGUAUAGCCUUGCAAAAAAUAAUUCCAGAUUACUUAGUAAUAUGUGUCUACUGUAUUUGGCUUCCACUGUUUCACCGCAGAACUUGUUACAAACGAUUUUUCACAUUUUUUAUGAAUUUUUUUACACGCUGCUUUUUACACAUGCUUAUUGUAAGUCUUGUAUAGUUCAGCAUGCUUGACUAGUGUUAGGUACAGUAGUACUUAAUUAUGGCUAACUCAUACACAAGGGGUAUACAAGGGGUAAAGAUUCUUAGCAUUGUUACCUUCUUUACAGCUACGUUGCUACAUUUUAUGUUACUAACAUAUUUAAGACGAAUGGUGAAAGAACACAACAAAAUCUGCAGGUUUAGACAAAUGAAAAGAAUUUUAGUCUGAAGAAGGAUAUUUGUAAAAUGUCCUUGGUCUUAACUAUAAGUGCCUUUAUAAAACAUGAAAUAUGGUGAAAGUAUAUGUAUGAUAAAUGUAAGGUUUCAGUGUUCGCAUUUUUUUGUAGAAGAAUUUUAAGUUCCUAGAUGCGUUGAUAUCAUAUUGAUAUUCUAUCAGUUUAGGUUACUAUAGAGAACAAAUCUUGAUCGGUGCAAUAUCGUUUUAUUUCUGGCUUUCAAGUUUAUAUUUGCAUGUGGUGAGUGUAAGGCUGGUUCUUUCAUCAAAUAAACCACUCUUUGUGAGUA